AUGUCAAAUUUAGAUGACGAAGAGAUCGUAAAAGCUCUAAGUCUAGAGGAAAAAGCUUUAGAUGAGUUUAAGCGUAGGAAGUAUUCACUUCCACCAUCAAGAACCUCCUCAAAUAGAAGCAGUGAAGAAUUUAAUUUUUCUAAACGAUCAGAACCACCUCGUUCAUCUAGUGUUGUAACGACACAAGAGGAAAAAGAUUUAAUAUCCUUUUCCAAUGAGAUUCAAGAAACAUCCACAACAGCAAAACCAAACAAUGAAGAUCCGUAUGCUAAACUAAAAGAAUCAAUUUUAAAUAUCUCUGCGAGCAGUCAUCAACUUCAGCAACAACAGCAGCAGCAAAGCAUGCAACUAUUGCCUUAUAAUAAGCCUCAGCAACCGAGCUUAUCUCCUGAGAGUUUAAACUCUCUUUACAGUAUGAAUUCCAACAUCAAUCCAUAUUACAGCAAAAACAUGUAUUUCAAUGCGCAACCACCUUCAACAUCAGCAUAUCCAGCAAUAGGUUUCUCACAUUUCCUCCAACAACAACAGCCACAACCACAAUAUUCAAAUUACAAUAAUUACAACAAUUUCUAUCAAGCUAAUCAAAGUCAAUCAUUCAAUUGGAAUCAAACGCCGUCUUACGCAGUCACAAAAAAUAGUUCAACGCCCACGCAACCUUCGACAUCAUCUUCAUUAUCAGUAAAGUCAACUGCUUCGACAACAUCCUCAGAUAAGACAAUUCCGCAACCAAGAAAAUUAUCAAAAAGUGCUGCUGAUAAUUUAAUCGACUUCGAUGUGUCAGAUGAUUCCAAAUAUGUGAUGAACAUUCUUCAACACUUUGAUCCUUUGGUGACUCCAAAUCGAAACUCAACAGAAGAUGCUGAAAACACUUACUACACAGAUCAAGAUCCUUUCGAUUACAUUUACAGUGGUGGAACUCAAUAUUCAGAUCCACUUUAUGAUGCUGUUGUACGAAGUGAACAUUCUUUGUCGUCACCAAAGUCACAGACUCCUCAAGAACUAGCAGAAUUUUAUGCUGUGACAUCGAGUGAACCUUUGAGACCACCGCCAUUGCCUCCAAGAAAUCCUAAUAAGUCAUUUGAAGAACAAGAUCAGGACGAGUCUUAUCCAUCACUAAACGGAUCAGUUCCAAAGUUCUCUCAGAAAUUAUACGAAAAUGUAACACAUAAUAAGAAAUUUGAUAAGGAUUUAAUUGCUUUCUACAAGAUGGUGAAGACAGUUCGAUCGAAAUAUGUUUACGAUGAUAAUGAGUCGAACAUUGGUCACAUAAUAGCCGCUGAACUUGACAACGACAAUGUUCACAUGAAUGUUACGAGUAUUAAAUUAAUUGUUUAUCCAUCAUCAGAAUGUUUUCAAGGAUCUUACAAUGAACCACAUUCCGACAGAAGGGAAGAAACUUAUCAGAAAUUGGAUGGUUAUGCAAGUCCCGUUGUAUUCACAUGUGAUAUUAACUCAAAUGUCGUGCAUGUCAUUCUUCAUGUGUUGACCGAGUUAGAAGACUCAAUAAGAGGAACGCCAGAAGAGUUUGCUCUUAAAACUGUUGGAUCACAAGAAUGGCUCUCACCAACUUCAUCACUCGGACAUUUGGAAUAUAUUCAGUCAAAUAUCAAACUCGAGAAAGAUGUUCAACUUGGAUUGUUUCCUAAAUAUAAUAAAUACAUGAAGAUCAUUGCAAGAACACAACAAGAUGAUCUUCGUGAUGCUGACAUACGAUUUGAGAAUAUUUUGCCAAAGGAUGUUGUAUCUGCCAUAAGUUACGAUUCGUUGAUGAUUUUAUUGGAGACUUUAGAAAUGGAAAUUGAUAAACUUGAAAGUUCAGCGUUAGAUAAUUCAGUAUUACAUCCAUCAGGUGUUGUUCAAGGUGUCAAAGCCAUUUGUGCACUUUUGGGUUGCAUUGACACUUUAGAGUUAGAGAAAGCGAUUGAGAAUUUGAAGGAAGCUUGUCGCAAUCAUUCACAAUCGAAGACAAUUCCAUCAAUCUACAAUAAAUCAUCGACAAUAAACAUUGUUUCGGAGCAAGGAAAUUACGCGAGAGUCACAUUGAGACCAAGAAACAUCGGCGAAGAUAUGAAAUUUCAUUGUGGUGAAGUUCGUGAUUCAGUUCAACAUCUUCUUGAAAUGUAUUCGCAAGCAUUCCAAGUCAACUUUUCAGUUAACGGUCCGCAAUGGAAUUCUGCACCAAUUUGCAUCACAAAUGUUUUUCAACAUGUCAUGAUCAACAUUGUGGCACUUCAUCGACCACCAGCGAAUUGGAAACACGACGAAUACAUGCUUGGUGUUCAAAUCUAUCAUGGAACGAGAUUUCUUGGUGAACCUUUAAUCACGCAUUGUCCCAACAGUACAAUUGGCUUCUAUCCUCGAUUGACAUUCGAUUCCUGGCUGAGUUUUGAUGAAGUUCCAGUUUGUACAUUGCCAAGAGAAGCGAGAUUGGUGUUCGUUCUUUAUGGAUGUACGAAAGAACCAGUCGAUGGACAACCAAGUGACAAUCAAUCAUCACAAAAUGCGGGAAAUUCCCAAGAAAAUCGAAUGACAAAAGUUGAAAUUGGAUGGUCAUCAAUUCAGUUCUUUGAUUUCGAUCGAAACAUGAUUCAAGGAACUUACUUCUUGUCAUUGUGGCCACCGUCAUCUGAUAAAUAUUAUUGUCCAUCACCACCUCGUGGAACUCAUCCACUUGGUGACUUUUGUCCCGUGUUGUCAAUAGAAAUUCCAACUUAUGGCGGAAAACUUGCAUUUCCUGAACCAAUUGCCAACAUGCAAACUCCGACGACAUUUGACUUUGAAUGUUUGGAUAGAAAUCUUCAAGAUGAAUUGACUGACACGAUUGAUCAAGGCUUUAAUACGAAAAUUGAUAAACGAGAAGUUUUAUGGGAGAAACGUUACUAUCUUCAUCAGUUUCCGAAAGCACUUCCAAAGAUUCUCAACGCAGCCCACAGUUGGGAUUUCGCUAGUGCUGCUGACAUUCAUGCUUUAAUGAAGUCUUGGUCACCGUUGAAGCCACUCGAAGCUAUUGAGUUGCUUCUUCCACGCUUUCCUGACUUGGAAGUUCGUGGUCAAGCUGUGAAAUGGAUUUCAAAGUUCUCUCAUGAUGAUUUAGUUGAUUAUCUUCCCCAAUUGCUUCAAGCAAUGAAACAUGACAUUUACGAAGCUUCACCGCUCUCAUAUUUCUUACUUGGGCGAUCGCUUGAUUCACCUCGAGUCGCUCAUUAUUUGUAUUGGUUGUUGAUUCAGAACCUUCCCGGCGAAUCACCACAAAAUUCCACAGAACAAAAUCAAAUUUAUGAAGACGAUUAUGUUCUACUUCAAGCACGUUUUCAUCGACGUAAUCAGCUCAUGUUACGUGCACUUUUAGCUGUUUGUGGUGAGAAACUUUCAAGUCGUUUUCUAUCACAAAAUCUCAUGUGUAAAGCUCUCGAUGAUGUUGCAAAAAGUGUUAAAGUCGCCAAAGAUUCAAUUAAACUUUCUAUUCUGAGACAAAACAUUGAAAAUAUGUGGAUGAAAGAAGGACUCAACUUGAAAAUUGUGACUUAUUCUUGUGUCCCAACUGGCUCGAAGAAAGGAAUGAUCGAGAUGAUCACAAAUGCUGAAACAUUGAGAAUGAUUCAAGUUCAUUGGGGUCUGACUGGAUCGUUCAAAGAUAAGCCAAUUGCUGAAUGGCUGGCGAAACAAAAUCCAAAUCAACUUGAAUAUCAACGUGCUGUUGAGAACUUCACAGCUUCAUGUGCUGGUUAUAGUAUUAUCACUUACAUUCUUGGCAUUUGUGACAGACACAAUGACAAUAUUAUGCUUAAGAAAAGUGGGCAUUUGUUUCACAUUGAUUUUGGAAAGUUCCUUGGCGAUGCACAAAUGUUUGGGAACUUCAAACGUGAUCGUGUUCCAUUUGUGUUGACAUCUGACAUGGCUUAUGUCAUUAAUGGUGGUGAUCGACCAUCGUCAAAGUUUCAUGGCUUUGUUGAUCUUUGUUGUCAAGCUUUUAACAUUGUAAGGAAGCACGGAGAUUUAUUGCUUCACAUGUUUGCUUUGAUGGCGUCGUCAGGUGGAGAAUUGUUGAGCUUUAUUCCAAAGACUUACACUGUUGACCAAGAUGGAUGCAUUGAGAAUAUUAUUGUUCAUGGAUAUCAGAAGCGAUAUGAUUUGGAGAAAUAUUAUACAUACAUCUUGAAAGUCUUUCGUCAGAAUCAACCAGAUCCAGCUUAUUUGUUUCGAUCUUACAAGGAAUUCUGUGAACUUCAUCAGAAGUUGUGUUUGCUUUUUCCUUUAGCACGUCUUCACAGCUUACAAACUGGAAUCUCUGUUGGAAGAUCAAACAUCAAAACAGUCGCUGAGAAGCGUUUACCAGAAGUGAAAAAAUUCCUCCACACUUUGCUUCGUUCUGCACCUGAAAUUCUCAACUCUGAUUUAGUGAUAACAUUUUUCCAUCCUUUACUUCGUGAUCAACAGGAGAAUGAUAUUCAUCUUUUAAAGAUGAGAGAAACUCGACCAUCGGCUGAACCAAAUAUUUGCGGAGAAAUUAAGUUUUCCAUUCAUUAUCAUCGUGAAGCUUUUAUUGUUAUGAUUCAUCAUGCUCGUUCACUUCCGAUGACGACAGGAGGACAAGAACCAAAUACUUAUGUCAAAACUUAUCUCAUUCCCGAUCGCUCAAAGAUUACGAAAAGGAAAACUAAAGUGAUAAAGAAAAGUUGUUUUCCAAGUUUCAUGGAAACUCUCGAAUAUCGAAUGCCGAUACAAGCAAUAAGGUUGAAGACACUUCAGAUUACUGUGUGGGGACAUGACUCGCUGCAAGAGAAUGAAUUCCUUGGCGGUGUUCAACUUCCCUUGGUUGAUAUGGAUUUGAAGGAAGAAAUUGUUGGUUGGUAUAGGCUUGGAUAUUUGCCUCGUUCAUAGUUUGUAACAAACUAGUUUAUGAAACCAAAACAUUUUAACUCUACAAUGAAGAAUUGUGACCUUUUUAAACAAAAAAAAUAAUUUUGCUUUGAAGAUAUUUUUCUUCUUCUUUCUUUCUUGAUAUUGACACAUGAAAGUAAAAAAAAUGCUAAAGCAAAAGCCAUUUUAUAAAGUGAAAUUUUUAUAUUAUUACAUGUUAUAUUAUUACUCUUUCAAGCUUGAAUAAAUAAAUGAAAUUAAAGGAAUAAAAAAUUAAAAUUUUAGUACA